GUGCCGUAGGAGAAGACUUGACGGAGGGAGAGAGAGAGGGUGUGGGUGUGUGCGAGUGUCUCAUUGUGAGGUCACGGGGCUCUCAUUGGUCAGGAGCAGAUUGAAUGUAUUGAGGGAAUAGUUGAUACUGCCGCUCCAUCUGCUAACUCUCACAUUGUUCAAGCUGCCCCCCAGGGUCCUGCUGCCCACAGACGGGAUCAUAGACUCAGACACAGGGACCUCCUCUCCCCUCAGCUUCCCUGGGACUUUACCUCUUUCCUCCUCCUCUGCUUGGAUGCAGAGCAGACUGUAGUCUGGGUCUGGAGUUUCCUUGACGUCGACACGGCAAAGCUGGGGAAAGCUCUCGGAAGUGAAACAACGUCCUUGCUGGAAUGGCCCGCGGUGUUCUCUCAGGAGUUUACUUCCUGCAGAAGAAAGUGUGUGUUUGGCUGGAUUAACUUCUCCCCGCAUCACCGCUCACUGUGGAGCCCUGCGGCUUCUGUGCCAGGAUUAGUCAGACAGCAGCAACAGCGGUGACAGUGAGGUCAUCCAGGGAUUGCCAGAAUCAUCGAGGUCACGGAGGAGACAGAACUGGAUGUAUGAGACGACUUCAUGGGCCUGAAGGAACACCUGGAGGAUGAAACAGGCCGCAUCCUCAGCCUGGGUCUCGAUUUGGAAUACCUCCACGUGGAGGGCAGCGUAAGGCAGGCAGACCUGAGCGCCACGGCUGGUGCAGACGCAGGGCCCUUGGAGGCAGGGGUGGCCAGGGGAGCCCAUGGUAUCAGCACCAGUACCAGCACCAGCACCAGUAGUAGUUGCAGCAACUACUCUGAAGAGAGUGCUGCUUCCGACAGUGAAGAUGAGAGAGUCCAGAUCUCUGCUUCUGAGGUCCAGAAACCUCAUCGUCACCCCUCACCCGCCUCGUCAGCUCAGAACCCUACCCCUGAGGAGUCCCCUCACACAACAGCCCUCCUCACUCACAGCCAGACCAAGGUGGAGUUCGCGCUGAAGCUGGGCUACUCUGAGGAUCUGGUGCUGCAGGUGCUGGGAAAGUUGGGCCCAGGCGCGCUCAUCAACGACAUCCUGGGAGAGCUGGUCAAACUUGGAACCAGGACAGAGAUGGAACAGGAAGUGAUCACCCAUUAUGCGUCUUCCUCCUCUUCCUUUCUAUCUUCUUCCCACUCGUCCUCGUCGUCGUCUCUGGACUUCUGUCGCCAGGUGUGUGAGUCUUCCCGUCUGGAGGACCAGGACAACCUGAGGCCGGUGGUGGUGGAUGGAAGCAACGUGGCCAUGAGUCACGGGAAUAAGGAAGUGUUCUCCUGCCACGGCAUACAGCUGGCAGUUGAUUGGUUCCUGGAGCGCGGCCACAGAGACGUCACGGUGUUUGUGCCCGCCUGGCGGAAAGAACAGUCGAGACCCGACGCACUUAUCACAGACCAGGAGAUUCUUCGGCGCCUGGAGAAGGAGAAGAUCCUGGUGUUCACGCCGUCACGCCGCGUCCAGGGCCGCAGGGUGGUCUGCUACGACGAUCGCUUCAUCGUCAAGCUGGCCCACGAGUCGGACGGCAUCAUCGUCUCCAACGACAACUACAGAGACCUGGCCAAUGAGAAGCCAGAGUGGAAGAAGUUUGUCGACGAGCGACUCCUCAUGUACUCGUUUGUGAACGACAAGUUCAUGCCCCCUGAUGACCCUCUUGGUCGCCAUGGCCCCAGUCUGGAGAACUUCCUGCGGAAGAGACCUGUCAUCCCUGAGCACAGGAAGCAGCCCUGUCCCUACGGUAAGAAGUGCACCUACGGGCACAAGUGUAAGUUCUACCACCCUGAGAGGGGCUCCCUACCACAGCGCUCCGUGGCCGACGAGCUCCGGGCAAGUGCCAAGGCCUCCUCUUCCUCCUCCUCCUCCUCCGCCUCUUCCUUAUUCACCUCCUCCUUCUCUUUCUACUCCCCCUCCUCUUCCAAGACUCUGGGGGACUCCUUCACGGGAAAGAGCCCAGCAAGCUCCAGGAUAGACUCGUUGUCCGAGUCCCGGGGCAGGCACCCUAAGAGGCGCUCAGACUCCUACAACAACCUUCUGGAUGAGCAGCUGGAGGUGCGGAGCAGGACAGAAACUCGUAGCGGCAGCAGUGGUAGCUUCCUCCCUCCAGCUGCGACGCCCUCGGGCCAGCGGGACCGGAGAGAGCGACCCGAAGGAGGAGGAGCCUCCAGGGGCCAUGGAGCGGUGGGGCUGGGUCCAGGGGAGUUUUACUCCAGGUGUGAAUCCCCAGAGCUGGGCUACCCCUCCUUGAUGAGGGCCUACUCAAGCCUGAGCCUGGUGGUGCCUCCGAGCCCAGAGAGGUUCUUCCCUGCAGAGCUGUGGCCCGGCUCCUUGCCCUCAGACUGUAGCAGUGAGGACAGCGUGAGCUCGGACUCCUUCUCCCCCGACCCAGUGCUGGAGGAGGGCCUCAGAUAUCCCCACCACCACCACCACCACCAUCACCCCUGCCCCGGACGAUACCCCCAACCGCCCUCUCACGCCCCAACCGGCAUGUCCCAGCACCCACACCACAGCUACCCUCUUUCCCAGGGCCUGGGGAGGAUGCAUGGAUACACCCUGGAGGAUCCUCCCUCCUCCCUCCUCCACUUCAACGCUCCCCUUGCGUACCUGCCGUCCCACCUGCAGGCCCGCUCGGGCUACCCUGGGGACUAUCCCCACCCCCCACCCCAGACCUCCAGCCCCCACGCUCGCUCACAGGGAUCCCCUCUGGGGCGCACGCUGCUGGGCACAGCCUGGCAGGAUGACGGGCUGUUGGAACCUCGGCUGUACGAGCACUCCCCCCACCGCCCCAGGAGGGGCUGCUCUGGGCAGGAGUCGCGUCUGGCCAGCUGGGACCCCCACUAUCAGCUGCCCUCCCAACACUGCUACGAACCCUUCUCCUUUCACAGCCUGCCGGAGGGACACCCACAGCCCUGGUACUCCCCUUGGGCCAGGGGAACGCACUCCCCCCGUGGGCCUCCAUCCUCCCUGCCCCCUGCCCCCCCAGCCCUCCCCACCCACUCCUCCAUGAUGGCCACCCAGCUCAAGGAAUCCCCAGACCAGAGCCGUUACAUCGAGCUGCGGGAGAAGGUGUUCACCAACUUGUGUAACAUCUUUCCUCCGGAGCAGGUGAGGGUGGUGAUGGGGAGGAACCCCCAUGUGAUCGAUGCACAGCAACUGGCGGCAGCCAUCUUGGUGGAGAAGACCCAGAAUGGGUCUUGAUGCUGGGGGCAGCCAUCUUGGUGGAUGACUCGGGCUUCUCUACCCCCAACACUAGAGGAACGGAUCUGCUUGUGUGUAGCAGAAGCAUUCUCACUUUUUCUGACUGUAGAUCAUCAGGAGCACUGAUGUUAGCUUAGCUUCCAAAUAAUAUGCUUCAUCAAAGUGGUGUGUCUGUUACUUGAUACUGUGUAAAGGAAAAUCCUAGCUACCUUAUUUUUCUAUGUUGAUGAUUUUUUGUAACUGCUCAGAGUACCUUCAGCACUUCUUUCUCCAUGGGCGGAAAUGUUUUGGUGUAACAAUGGGGAAAUGUCUAUGUGGUUUAAUUGUGUGCAGAAAAUGUAUUUUAUUGUGUUAUUUGUUGACUUGUUGUUGUUGGGAUCCAUUGCUUUAAUGUAUUUAUAUUUUACAGAUGUUUUAAGUAUUUCAUUAUUCUUAAGUUAUUUUAAUAGCUAGCAUUCUGUUCUGGCACUUUUUGUUGCUUUCUUAUCAACAUUUUAAUUUUGGCAAUCAUACUUCGGGGAAGGAUGAUUAGUUAAAUAGCUUUUGAAAUAUUUCCUGAAAAUAUUUAAUUUGUCAUGUACCAAUUUGGCCUCAGUAUGAACCGGUUUUAGUUUCAGACCUUAGAUUCAUCUUUAUUAGAUUUCUCUUACCAGGUGUUGUGUUUACAAAGGUGGUAAUGUAUUUUAUGAAUUUCCCCUUUAGAGAAGUGAAACCGAAUUAAACUGCAAAAAAAGCCCUUCAAUGUUUUAGGAAAAAACCCUUCAGAUCUAUUUACUGAGUUGACUUCCCCUCCUGGUCUAGCACCCGGCCCCCUUCAGAAUCUGGGGGAUUUCUACAUAGAGUUUUACUUUUAUUUAUGAUUUUUUGGUCCUCAAACCAUCCUGGCCAUUGAAAUCACAUCAGGAUGGUUUUGGGAGAUGUGCAAAUGUGUUAAUUUAUCAUUGUUAAUUCUAUCACGUAUGUAAAUGUUUGUGGUAUGUCAACAUGAGGUGUCUGUGGCUUGAGUACCAUUGCAGAAAAAGAGUCUUGCCAUCUGGUCAGGUGUAACUUCAAUGACAGACAAGAUCUGUCAGUUCCUGCAAGGACUUAGUGGUUUGGCACAUGUUCAAAGUUAUAACCUUCUCAUGGCAAGCAAACAGUAAAUUAAACUGCAAAUUAUACUUGCGUGUAGACACUGGCACACAUACAAAAGGGAUAAUUUUGUCUUUACAGAACAGAGCUGUUGUCAGAGUGACCAGCUCAGCACUCCAGAAAACACCUCUCCUGUAGUUGAUACAAAUUGUAUUCUUACUUACCCAGAUAAUUGUUUUAUAAGAAAAUAUUUAUACAAAAAAGUAUUUGAAUAUAUCUUCCAUAUUCUGUAUAAGGAUACAGCACGUCAUUUGAGUUGGAGGAGAAAAAAAGAGCAUCAAAUGCUAUUUCUUCCAAUAGCAGGGUUUUCUGACAGUGUACAAGGAGGUGCCAGUAGAGCCUGUCAGCAUAAUUGUUAUGUAACGUUGACCCGGAGGUGUGUAUGCUGGGUGUUCAGAACAUAAGUGAUUGUUAGGACUGGUUAGUUAGCCUGUGCUUUGUGAGAAGCCUGUGGGUGCUUUUAUAAAAGUCUUAGGCAGUUUACUACACCUAAGCCUGCCAUCUUUCAAUGCUAACCUGUCACUGCUCGGGGAUGCCAGUGAGGUCAGCUUUGUGAAUGUAGCACGUUUCCUCUCACAUAGGAAAGAUUCUUGCUCAGGGGAGAAGCUCAGGCAUCUUAGGAACCAGUUUACUAACAGCAUGUCAUAAAUAUCUGCCUGACUCGCUUUUAAAUGGUUUAAAAAAAGGCUUUUCCAUAUUUUGUCUGUCUGCAUGGUAACAGUAUUACGUGACAUGGCCCUUGGUUACGUGUUGAGUUUCAUCAUCCCCUAAACUGGUUUGAUUGCUUUGAGGUGACAGGGUUGAUGGAAUAAGCCUUUUUUUCUGAACACCUAGCCUGGAAAGCCCCUGGCACUGUGUGCCAGUGUGAGCUGACAGGUUGCUGGAAGCGGGGUUGGGGGGGGACAGCUGAAGCUAUAUCUGUUUUUUGUACUGUAAUCUCAACCAGCGGAUCAUGUGGACGUGUCAAAGAUAAAGCUUUCCACUUCAACGUUUUCUUUUUUUCUUUUUUGACAGAUUGAAACCUUUCAUCUGAGGGUGUCCUCCCUGUUGCUGAAUUAGGGGGUUUUGAUUUUUGCAGGAAAAUAUAUUUACAUCUGGUUGAGAUUUUGUGUUCAGUUUAUGUACUGUUUGAUGCAUGUUGGGACGGUUGGUGCUGGGGUAUACCCCUGUCAUGUUUGAAGCUCAGUUGUCAUUUGGGUUUGCUGAGUCAGCUUUAUAGAGAAUCUUUUUCAUUGUCAGCAUGUCUGCCUUAUAUCAGUGUAGUUCAGUUGAACGCAUACACAUCCCAGUCAGGAACGUAUCCCGUGUUCACUAGAACGCAUCGCUGUUUAUUUCUGCUGUCCUAUCAUCAAACUUGAAAUGUGCUGUCUUUCAAGCUUCAACAAAAUGUUUUAACCGGGUUAAAUGUUGAAAGAAAUGUUUAAAAUCAGUUUAACCUGGACAAAGGUGGGAUGUAGUAUUCUUUCAGAGACCAAAGCAAAUGGGCAACAUAACAGUGUUAAGAUGAUUAUAGUUAUUCUGUAGCUUUCUGAGGUUCUUCUCCACAGUUUAGCCUGUAUAGGGUGGAGGGAAGACAGAAACGUCCCGACCAGACUGGAUGUUUGGAUUCUUCCUACAUGUUCUGGGGAAACUUUAGGCACUGCAACCCAAAGCCAUGCCUUUCUCAGACAGGCCUGUGUUCAGCAUAGGCUCAGACAGGCCUGUGUUCAGCAUAGGCUCAGACAGGCCUGUGUUCAGCAUAGGCCCUAUUCAGGGAAAAGGACCAAAAUGUUGACUUGUUUUAGUGUUGUGAUUAUUUACGCAAU